UUUACCUUCGUCUCUUUCAUUCUCUCUUUCUUCUAUCUCUGCCCUUCAAUCUUAAUCUCUCUUUCCGCUCACUCUUCUUCUUCUUCUUCUUCUCAACCAUUCUUGUUCAGUCACUCGGCUUCUCUUUCGAUUCUCCCACCCACUUUCUGAUCUUAACCAUUCUUCCGCGGAGCUUCAAUUUUGCUAGGUCUGCGGCUGAUUGCACAAGUGACUGACUGACUGUACCGUUCAAUUUUAGUCACUCAAUUCAGAGAAUCAUUUGCGCCAAAGCUUAAAGAUGAGAGCUGCUGGUUUGCUACACUUCGCCCGUGUCUUCUUCAUGUCAAAUCGUAGUCUCAUCACUACUCAAAGAAGUUUUGUUUUAUAUAGGGUUCAGGUUUCAUUCCCAAGGAAACCCUUUUCUUGCCGAGCAAAAUUUGAUUCUGAGAUUGAUGGAUCAGCCAACAUAAAGGUUGUUUCUCCAGCCCUUCUAACAGCAGAAAAAGAAGAGGCCAAGGCAGUUUUAACCUUGUUUUUAAAGAAACAAGGUCUAAGCAAUGCAAUUGCUGCAAGAACAAUAAACAAGUCUGAUCUCUUCAUUGACCAUCUUGUCUUGAGGCUUCAUUUGAUUCAUAAAUCUCGGUAUCUAGUAGGACGAGAGUUGACUACACUUGAGAUUAGAGAUGCUUUGAAUCCUUAUCUUGAGUCCCUUUUUGAAGAGCAUGGGACUCAUCUCGUGCAUGCUGUAGAAAACUUUCCGAAUCCUCCUAUUAAGGAAAAAAUUGCUACAAGAGCUCCUGUCUCAAAUUCAACAAUUGACACGAAGAAGCUGAGAGCCAUCUCUCGAGUGAGUGAAAAAGGUCCUACUGGAAAGCUCCGACCUCAGAUCCUUUACCUGAUUGAGCAUGGCUUAAAUCUUGAUCAAAUUAAAGAAAUUACUCGCAGAUUCCCAGCAUUUGCUUACUACAGCUUGGAGGGGAAAAUAAAGCCUGUGAUCGAGUUUUUUCUUGAUCUUGGAGUGCCAAAAUCUGAUAUCCCUGUUAUCCUCAACAAGAGGCCUCAGUUAUGUGGAAUAAGUCUGACUGAAAAUCUAAAACCAACCAUGACAUUCUUAGAAAACUUGGGCGUUGACAAGAAAAAAUGGGCAAAAGUGAUAUACCGUUUUCCAGCUGUUCUCACCUACAGCAAACAGAAGGUUGAGACAACUACUAGUUUUCUUUAUGAAAUGGGACUCUCAGAGGAGAGCGUUGGUAAAGUAUUGACCCGUUGUCCAAACAUCAUAAGUUACAGUGUUGAGGAAAAGUUAAGGCCCACGGCCAAAUAUUUUCACUCACUAGGAGUUGAUGUUGCUGUCCUUCUCUAUCGUUCCCCGCAGACAUUUGGUCUUAGUAUUGAGGCUAAUUUGAAACCAGUGACACAAUUUUUCUUGGAGAGGGGCUACAGCAUGGAGGAUGUUGGAACCAUGAUCUCAAGAUAUGGAGCCUUGUAUACUUUCAGCUUAGCUGAUAAUUUAGUGCCCAAAUGGGAUUUCUUUCUAACCAUGGGGUAUUCAAAAUUGGAGCUUAUCAAAUUUCCCCAAUAUUUUGGUUACAGCUUGGAGGGGAGGAUUAAACCAAGGUAUGCAAUUAUGAAAAAGAGCCAGGUGAUGUUGUUACUGAACCAGUUGUUAACAUUAUCAGAAAGUGACUUCAUCGAGACUGUGAAAAAGAAAGUGAACAAGUUGCUUCCCAAGAAUUGACUGACUUUCUGUAAGAACAAGAGUACUAUACUGGGAAGCUUUUAUGAUGACCUAUAUGAUGUCCGGCCUUGUAAGUAAUUCUCUUGCAGUGCUUUAUCUGCAACAAGAGUUACCGUGUCUCGGGAUGAUCGGAAUUCUGUCAUUUGGUCUGGUUAUAAGAAGAGAUUAAAGUAUCAUGUGGUUCAUUUUCCAGAUCUACACCUUUCCAUCUUACUGUGAACUCCCAUGAGUUUUCAAGCGUGGAUAUGGAAGACAAUGCCUGGGGCGAGUUCUGUGUACCUGGCCUGGAGAUGCUUUCUUGAAUCUUGAUUUGAUCUAUCCCUUUGGUCUUGAUUUUUAUUCUUAUAUUCAUCAUUUCCCACCAAUGUAAUAAUUUUAGUACUCGAGUCUUGGUCUGUACAAAACUUUAAAUUUUGGGAAAAAUGUGAAUUCUAUAUUUCUAUAUAAAAGAUAAUCUUCUCAUUC